UCGCAGUUUAACACAGCGAUUCCUUUUCACAAAGUUGAUCCAGCGACUUGAGGAUUUCCUUGCAUACUUUUGGUGUUUGAAGAGCUAAUCCGUCUGCCAGAAUGAAGUAAUGCAAGCAAAAAAUCUUCUUUUUAAUAGUUUGCUUAUAUAAUUUAGGAAUUGUUUUUAAUAUGAUUGAAGGUUGAAUGGUCAUGCUUAUUAUAUAUUUGUUUGUUAUAAUGAGAUAAACUGGGGAAUCUCUUCCUUGGGAAUAAUGUUUGCCCUAGAUGUCAACAUGAAAGUUUUAAAAAGAUAAUUGUACUGUCUGACAUGUAGAAAAAAUACAAAUUUCACUAAAACAAAGUCACAGGCUCAUUCUUGUAUUUUGGUACGUCUCAAUUCAUUUUUGUGAUACAAAAUGAAGCCUGGAUAUAUUUGAGGCAAUAAAUCAUAAAUGAAAAGCAAGAAGGGUAGGUUAUAGCUUCUUUUGGGUCUUAUCCUUGUCCUAUGCCUAUAUGAGGGAGAUGAUGAUCUUUAGGAUGCCUUGAUUCCCCAGGGGCAUUAUUUAUGAAAUUGGAAGAGACUGCAACUCUUUUGGUUCAUUGUCAUGAAGACUAUGCAAAGUUAGAUAGAGGUUGUAUAAUGGUUGAAAAAUCUUUCCUGGUCAAUUUAGCACAAAUAGAAAGUGAAAGGUAAGGAUAGAAAUAAUCAUUUUUUGAUUGUAAAGCUCAGACUGAUAUGCUGCUAGGGAGGUCAUGCGGUGUCCAUAGUCUGUUGGGGUUUUAGUGCAAAUUAUUUUUGAAUAGAAGGGAAAAGGUGUUUCUUUGUGAACAGUAUCUCACAUAUUUGAUGAUUAAUAACCAUGCUGUUUUGAUGCUUUGCAUGAUUUUGGUGGUACCUCCAAUAAAUAAGGUCUACAGGAGGAACAGGUUGGACAGCGGGGAAUCAAAUGGGCAUUAUCCAACAUAACAGAAUAUUAACUACACUUAAUGUAUGUUUGGUCCAGCCUAUAUUGGAGAAAUAAUUGCUUUCUUUUUGGCAGCUCUCUGAGAGCUUCUAAAAGAAAAAGCAAUUAUUUUCCUGAAAAAAGGAAUUACUGAACAUGGGCUUAGUUAGGAUACUAACUCGAAGGGAACUUGUUUUUUAAAAACUGGGGGGGAAUCAGGAGAGGGGCUUGCAUUUUGGAAAUUCAUUAGAGGGGAGACCUCCAGCCUCCUGGUCCUCAAGUAACUGUAAGGUUACUAUUUUGAGAAUUGUAUCGUAUUGGGUGUCUGUUCAUCAUCACAGUGAUACUGUUUAAAAGCAAUAUCUGCAAUAAGAUGUUUCUAAUGUAUUUCUGAGCCAGUGUCUCAGAUUGUUGGUAUAAAGUAACUACUAAAAUGGCUGCAGGAGGAUCACACCCAUAUUGUUGAAUUACAUAGUUAUGGUAGUUGCAACUACUCAAAUGGGAAAGCAUUGGUAUGCUGAGAGGCUUCCUUGGUUUUUUUUUUAAGGAUAAUCUGAUGGUGAGGGAAAGAGUAUGGAAGGCCAAGAGAAAUUACCAAUUGAUAACAUCCAUAUAGAGAAAGAAUGGAAUGUGAACAGUAACACAUCAAGACACUAUUUCUUUCCAAAUUCCCAUAUCUUAUUGAAUAUUGAAUGUCCCUCAGAGGAAUUUACACAGAAAGCACAUUUGUGGGACUUAGAUGAGAAAAAAUAAUUUAUAAACUUAUGUAUUCUUAGAUUUGUAACCAACCUUGUAUACCGUACUAUUUGAAACAUUGCAAACCUUACUAGAUUUUCAGUUCUUCAAGCUUUUCUGAUUUGAAUCUGUGGAGCAUUCUGUUAAUUUGGGGUUGUUUCCCAUGGCCCAAUGAUAUUUUUAUACAGUGCAAAAUAGCCAACUACAGAAACUAAUGGUAUUAGUUCUAGAGCUUCUAUGAUUCACUCAUAAACAUUUGCAAACACAAAAGUUGAUGCCAAGUGCCAUUUUGUACUAGCUACAUAUCCUUUAUGUUUCAUUUAAUCUUCUUGAGUUUAACUGUUUGUGCAUGAAUACUGUGAGUUCUGGAGUCUCGUGUUGGAAUUAUAAUAGGGCAAUUGGUUCUCAGUGGCCCUUUGGCUUGAAGCUUGGUCAAACAACUGGUCCAUUUCACCUUGUCUUCAAAUUCAACUUCAUUAAAAGGAAUGGAGCAGUGGGGAACAAACUGUUGACCACUUGAUUAUAGAGGACUCAGAUAACACCCUUUAAAGGCUAAAGCUAUUAGUUGUAGGGUUGUGAUAAUAUCACUGACAAAAAAACUUGUACCUGAAAAAUAUGAUGCAAAAUUGAGAGCCUUUGAAGGAAGGGAAUGCAAUUGAACAUAUGAUCGACAUUACCAAUGUUAUAUAUGAUCAAAUGAGAUAGGGGAAAGUAUGUCCUGCAGAUGAAUCAGUACAACCAUUAUUCAUAUCUCCAUCGCCUAAAUGACUCCCUUUCUACCCAAAGGAAAUUUCCCAAUAGCUGUGGUCAGUUUACUUGCUCAAACAGGAAGGCUAGACAAAGGCAAAAAAGUAAAGGGGGUGGUAGAUAAACUUAUUUGUGUCCAAUAGACAUUGAAUUAAAUUAGAAAAGGAGCUGGAACUUGUGUUUUCAAAUUUUCUAAUGUGGUAGAAAUUUUAAAUGAACAUUGCUUCACCUGUUCAAUAAAUGUGUGCUUACUGGUUGAAAAUGGAAUUGCUUCCCAUGAUCUUUUUGAUUUGUAUACUAUCCUACUUUUAAGGUAAUAUUACCCAUUCUUAAGAUUAUGAAUCUUGCAUAUGGUAUCACAUUGUAGGGGACGUGUAAGGUGGGAUGAGGCUAAUAUUGGAGAAAUUGAGGCAAACAAACCUGUGCGGCAGAAAAUUACUGAGCCUAAGACUCCAUAUCAUCCCAUGGUUGAUGAUGACAGUUCUCUGUCCCCUGUACGAGGAAGUUUUGAUGCAUGUAUUGAUGAUGAAAAUCACACAGUGCAUGCUGAAGCAAUUUGGACUGCUCUGAAUGAUGCAACAUCGAGUAGCAAAAGAGGCACUGGACAAUCUGGUGGUUGGACAUCAUCUGAGGAUGAGCCAGAAGCAAUGGAGCAAGAUGAUGAUGAUUCUGAAACAGAUAGGAACUUAAGUUUCAAAGAGCACAGAAAGGCCCACUAUGAUGAAUAUCUCAAAGUCAAAGAGCUGCGACAGAAGGGUUCUCUUCUCGAGGAUGAAAGCGACGACGAUAACAAUUCUGAAGCUGUCAAGGGAGAGGAGAAAUGUGAAUCUUCACUGAGUGAUAGUGUAAGACAGAUGGACAUUGAGGGAAAAAAGUCCCGCAUGCCUCCAUCUAAUGGUUCUUAGAUCGUGAUCUACAAGAAAAACCCCUUGUCUUUUCAUUAGUUUUAUUUUCUGGGUUGGAAAAAACUAAAUGAUUCACUGUAUUAUUGUAUCAUUAGUGUGUAAAUAGUUUUUAUUUCUUCACCAUGUCUAUUAACGUAAACUGGCAUGAUCCAUUUACACUCUUGUCCCAUGGCAAAUUGGUUUCUGUUGUGCAUUUU